AUGUUCAGCCGACGCUUCGAACCGCCCCAACCCGUGAACAAGAGCUUUUCGAAAAGUCACAAGGCAUCCAAAUCAAGCUCCUCGUUCAGCAAGGCCAGCGGCGUUUCGAAACACCGCCAUGAGUCCCGUCACAGCCGCCGGCCGACGACCGCCACUACGUCGAGCACAGCGACCGAGGACACUGCGAUGGGCAACAACCUGACCUCUGCCAUCGUAACCCUUGUUGUCGGCACCGAACAACGCCUCUUCGCCGCCCACGAGGAUGUUCUCUGCGCCUCGCCCUUCUUCCAGCACGCUCUUCGCGGCCCCCACUCCCCCGACGCCGGCGCCGCAGCCAAGCGCGUCGCCCUCCCGGACGAGGAGCCCGAGAUCUUCUCCUCCGUGCUCGAGUACCUCUACAAGGGCGACUACUACCCGCGCCUCGUGCAUAACAAGCGCCGCAACUCGUGGGAGAUUGAGGCUCUCAAUGCCGAUGACGGUCGGGGCGGCGUCGAGUCGACCGUCUACCACCACGGCGUUGACGGCGACCUGCUCAAGGAUACGGUCAUCUACUGCGCCGCACAGAAGUACGGGCUCGAGGAGCUGAAGCGGGUUUCUCUGCGGAAGCAGGGUCUACAGUCCGGAAUCCAGUGCAGCACGAUCCUGGCGUCGGCCCGAUACGCCUACGCAAACACACCCGACAGCGACUCCAAGCUGCGGGCACACUACCUCGCUCUCAUCAUCCGCAGCCGGAGCACCUUCAAGCGCAGCGGCACCAUGCAGCUGGAGAUGUACAACGGCGGCACCCAACUCUUCUUCGACCUGUUCGUCGCGCUCUGCAACCACGUCGACGAUAUUUCGACAGUGUAA